AUGAUGAAUAUCGACGCAAUGGAGUUCGAAGACCCACCACAAUUUAUCGCUUAUGUCUGUAGUAAGCUAAAUAUGACUGAGGAGGAGUUCCGGAAUGAAUUUCAUGAGGCGUGUGUUAAUGGACACUUUGAUUCUCCUGUUUAUUCCACCAUUCGGAAGCUUUUUCGAUUUCACUGCUUUUGUACUAGCCGAUUCAGAACUAAAAACAAAAUGUUGUGUAUGACCAAGUUAUUUGAAUACCUUAUAUCUGGGGCGAUUGGUUUUGAUAACCUGCGACGCAAACUGAAAGAAUAUGAUUAUUCAGCCAGAUGUAGUCUUGUGUGGACAACUAAUUACUUUGCAUAUCGGUGUAGGACUUGUGGAAUGUCUCCCAGCAUGUCUCUCUGUAGUUCCUGCUUCACCGCUGGUAAUCACGAAGGUCACGACUUUAACAAGUUUAAAAGUCAUGCUGGUGGUGCAUGUGAUUGCGGAGAUGCUUGUGUAAUGAAGGAGUCAGGGUUUUGCCGUUUUCAUGGACCAGACAAAGUCCACAACCGCCCAAUACCACCUGAUGAUUUGAUUGCCCCCCUUAGAUGCCUGCUUCCAAGUUUCUUAUCUGCCUUGUUAUACUGGCUGUGGGAAUAUGGCAGAGAUAAUGAAGGGUUAAAUUUCAGCGAGGAUGACACACCUGCUAUUUCAAUCCUUCAUGCAUUACAUGCUAGUGGGUGGGUAACCCAAAAGUUGAUAGCUGACGUCAUGAUUGAUAAGAUGGUUUACGAGAAAUUAAUAUUUGAAAGUGAAAGUCGAAGAGCGUGUGAGGAUUAUCAGUUAAGCGUCUCGAGCAAUCCUGAAUUCGAAUUUCCACCUAUUAUAAGCAAUCAGGAUCUGGUACAUCAAACACUUUUGGAUGCUUUCAUAUUUUCAACAAUCAAACUGCGUUUCCCAGAAAGCUUGGUAACAUUUUUGAUUGGUUUGCUAGCUGUCGAAGCAUUUAAAGAAGAAUUUAUACAAUCUUAUCUUAGUCAUUAUACACGUAUUGCAGCGACUGUGUUACUGUCUGCACGUGCACGAAUUGCACCUGAAUGGUCUUUACAAAUGAAUAAUCGUAUUGUGCAUAUAUCAGUACAAUUAUUCAGUGGUGAAGAAUUAGCCCUACGUGUGAUCAAACAAAGAAAUCUACACCAUUUACUUGUUCAUUGUUUAUUAAACAUGUUUGCAUGUUGUCGUACUCGUUUAGAUGACAAAAGUAAUAUGGUGCUUAGCUGUGAUGGAAUAUUAAUUCAAAAUAAUGUAUUUUGGCCAUUUGUCUCUGAUUUGAGUAACUUGGUUUCGCACAAAUCGAUUGUUGAUAUCCUUGUUGAAGAUUCUGAUUUUCUGUCUGCAUGGACAAGCCUAAUACGAUAUAUGCAAUUUAUGAAUUGUUUUACGAUGAAAGAAGGAAAUCAUAUUGAAUAUGAGACAAUGACAUUCUAUCAUGCUUUUACAAUGGAAGUAGAAAUUAGUUCUAGUACAAUGUGGAACUUUUGGCAGCACUGUCGGCUUCCAUCUGAACGUGAACAUUGUUUACUGUAUACUAAAGCUUGUCUAUCAAGUUUAGCUGAUUUAUUAAAUAAUCUUGGUCGAUUAAUUUCUCCAACUGUACCCGAAACACGUCCAGCACGUUCAGCAUUAAGUUUGCAUUUACCAUUGAUGCGUCAUGUUUCGUGUUUUCUUCAUCUAUCUGUUAUGCAACAUGGUGUUAAUGUAAGACAAUUGUUGGCGGAAUAUCUUCUGCCUAAACCACGUUUAUUAAAACGUUUUAUGGAACAUUUAGUGAAUGUUUUGUUAGGUUGUCAUGAAGUCCUUAUUGGCUAUUGGAUACGUAAUGGGCAAGGUGUCAGACAGUCAGUUGCACAUUAUAUGCAAAGUCAAUUUUGUUAUUCAUCUAUUGAUUUGGAUAUAUUUGCCUUACAAGUUUGUACAGCUUUACUGCCACCGGCAUAUUUUCUCAAUGCUUUAGUCGACCAAACAAAAUUGCUACGAGGUAUAUGCUUUCAUAAUGAACUGUUGAGUUUAAUUAUGCCACCUGAGCCGAAAAAUCUUGAUCGCAAACCGAUGGCUUUAGAAGCAUGGUUAACAAAUCUUUGUUGGAUAUUGGAUUUACGUAAUAAUCUAGGAUUAUCUCAGGAAGAAUUGCUGCGUAAAGAGCUUAUUUCUGUAUUGGCUCCAGAGCCACGAAAACGCAGUGAUCUUUCAAGUCUUAUCCCUGAACGUUGUGGAAUAACUAGUACAUCAGAUAAUCUGGAUAAUAUAUUGAAAAAAGUAGCUAAUUAUGCUGCACCUUCAUGUGACGAAAAUUCUGGUAGCCUUAUAAGUGGACAUUAUUUCCUACGGCCUAGUUUAUGGCAUACUGAUUUCGAUCCAAUUUUUCACAUGCUUCGAGUAAAUAGUCGAAGGGAAUCAGCUUUAGCUAUGGAGAAAUAUCGAGAACAUUGCCGUCAGCGUCAUGGUGUUACAAAUGUAUCGUCUUUAUGGCCACCAUUCCGUACACCGAAACAACUGCCAACAGAUUUUCGUGGUCUAGAUCAUGUGUUGCACAGUCGUCACUUACACUAUUUACUGUUUACCCAACUAAGUCUUUUCGUGUAUGGUGAUCCACUUGUAACCGAAGAAAGUUUGGCAAUGAUUAUUCACCUAAUCGACCGUGCCUUGGAUACCCCAUGUCGUUUACCGACAAAUAACAGGAAAGCUUGUACGCAGGUUUUUAAUGAGACGCAAGAAUUCCCUGGAUCUAUUUUACCAACAUCACUUAACAUCAGUAAUUGUGGAAAUAGUCCCAUGGAGUCUAUGGAGCAACAAGAAAAACCAGAAAACUUACAACAAUCACAAUCAUCAAUUCAAAAAUCUCAAUCACACGAUAAAGUAUUCACAGAUGAUGUUAUAAUGGAUUGGGAUAAGGGAACAUUCGAGGAGAUUAUUGAGGAUGCAGAUUCUGAUAGACUAGAUCAAAUUGAUUAUGACUAUGACGACGAUGAUGAUGAUGGUGGUGUUGGUCGAGAUGGAGGUGGUGGUAGUUCAGAUGAUCAUGAAGAAAGUGAUUUAACUAGUGAUUCACGUGGAUAUGGUAAAGUACGUGGGCGUAUGUGUGGUUAUCGUUCACCGCAUAUAUGGUGUCGUCAACCCUGGAGUAAUUCAUUAACUCCGUUAACAUCGAAUUCCCUGUAUACUUCAGCUAUGCCUCCAUCUGUUAGUCGUCAUAACAAGUUUUGGGAUACAAGUUUAAUUAAUUGUCCAUAUGAGCCGCGUACAAGUAUACAAGAUAAUUUAAAUUGUUGGCUUAUGGUUUCAAAAUGUUAUAUGCCGAAUGUUUCAUGUGCUCAAAUAAUGCUGGCUAGUUUACCUAAUAAAGAGAAUAACGAUUUAAAUAUCACUAUGAGUACCGUACCCGUAUUACCUAAUACUGAGUUACAAAGUGACAGUAAAAAUGUUAUUUUGGAUAGUCUUAUUUCUUUAUUGAUCAAAGCACAUGCACGUCUUUAUUGGAGUCGUAUUGUUGGCAGUGGUGAAGCUAUCCCGAAAAUUGCUGUUGCUGGAUCAUCUUUCAUUGAACCAAAUACAACUGCUGUACAACAGUCGAAUACAUCAGUUAUUGACUCACCUAUGACUGUAAUAAUGAUGACAUCUGGCCUAAAUGAUGACACUAAUAAUCUAUUAUUAACUGGACAUAAUCAAGCUAAUAAUUGGGAGGAAAUUUUGCACAAUUUUCCAAAGCAUAGUACUUCUACAAGUACUAGUAACUUUUUGGCUGCUCGUUGUAUGUCUGUGCUAAUGCCAAAUGAAGCUGAUAAUUCAAAUGAUCGUAAUAUCCCGUCGUCUAAUUUUAAUACAGCUAAAUUCAACCCAUCAGUUAUUGCUAGUCUACCACCGGAAUUACGUUAUUUUGCAUCAAUAAAACCAGCGUAUUGUCUUCCAGAGGAAAGGAAUCAGUCAACCACUGAUUCAACAAAGAGUCAGUGUUCCCAUCCUCCAUCUCAGUAUGCUGAAGAUCAAAGUGAUUCGAUGCCAACAAAUGAAUGUCAUCAUACAAAUUUCGGUGAUGGUGCUUACUGGAUAGAACGCUUGUUGGAUAAAAUUGCCUCCUUAUCAGAAAAUAAUAAGUCAGCAAUUAAAAUGUAUUUGGCUAGAGCUAGAAAUCCAUACCAUACUGUAGCACAAUUACAUACUCUUCAACCAAUGGAUACUAUGUCAUCCAGUAAAGAUAUAAAUGUUGGUCCAGGAUAUCAGCAGCUGCAGCAACAACAACCACAGCAAUCGGAAGGUAUUUCAUGUAAUUCAAAGAAACUUGAUGAAGAGGGGUCCGCAAGUUUACGAAAUCUUCAAACGUCUACAAAACUGCAUCCUUUAACAAAUGAUUAUAAUCCUUCGAUACCUCAAAAUGUGACAAAUCCUUCGUCUGUUUCACCAGUACCAACAAAUGUUACACGUGAUGAUAGAAAACGUGCAGCACAAGAACGACGUAGACGUCUUAUGGAACAGAUGGCGUCUAAACAAAAGGCCUUUGCUUCCACGCAUUUAAAGGAUAUGGAAUCGCUUAAUCAACAGACAGUAGAUCGUCAAGAUCAGUUGGAUAAGAGUGAACCAUCAUAUGAGUGUGUUAUUUGUCAAACCCCUGGUCGACCUGAAGAUGAUAUGGUUCUUUUAGAUAUGAUGUGUGAAUCGAAUCUCAUGCUCCAGCUUCGAGAAACAGCAAUGUUACCAACGUUAUCUGGGAGAGAUAUUAGCCAAUCCUCAGGUUUCCCUCCACUUAUUCCGGUUACUGAUGAGUUAUCAUGGUUAUCACCAAAACGACCACCUGUUAGUUCAUUUCUUCAAGAAACUCAAUUACUUCAUUCCACCACUUCUGAUAAUGCAUCUCCUGUUAGCGAAUGUAGUCAAGCUCCAGCAGGCAUUGUUGGUCUACCUAUACAUACAUUGAGUACAAAUUCUGGUUUUAGUUCCUCUGUUGCACCAUCACAGGCAAAACGUUCAUCUUCGUCACCUAAACCUCUGAAUCUCUCUGAAGCUAAACGUUUACAACAGAAAACACGUUUUGUUGAAUCUCGUCAAUGGUGGAGUUGCGCAGUGCCUUCUUUAAUAUCUGAAACAUUACCAUUAUUACGCUCUGGAUUGUUGUUGCAAACCUGUGGUCAUGUGGUUCAUCGAGAGUGUUUUCAACGCUAUUGUACACAUGGCGCGAAUAGAUCAACUGCAGCACGCAACCGGUCUUGGGUUGCAUGUCCUUUGUGUAGAAGAGAUAUUCAUCAUCUGCUGCCUCUAGUAGCAAUGCCAAAGUCGAAUGGAGACGGUAAACAGCAUCCAUUCCCUUCUGUAGAAUAUGCUGAACAUAAUAUUACCACCCUAUUAAACCUACUAAAUACAUUACCGAAUAACGGUUCAACUAUCUGGAAUGAUUUAAAUGGUCCCGAUGAUGAAUUAAACCUUCAACGUCGAGUUCUUUUGUCCCCGCUAAUUGGUGUUAAUUAUGAAGCUACAGUGUUAUUAAGAUCUCAAUUGGAAUGUGAAUUAAGCGUGUUAAUGAGUUUCCCGUCACAGUAUUCAAUGGUAUCACGUCGUUGCUACUGGCGUGAAUUUAUCUCAUAUCUUCGUCUGAUUUAUAAAUUGCCAUCUGAUAUUCAGAGUUUAAUACUGUGUCUUAUGGCUGAUGAUGUCACAAAGCCGGACAAUGUCAUGAUCCCAAUGUUUGCUUUAAUACAAGAUCCAGUGGAUAUUCUACUUGGAUUAUUACCUCAUAUUUGGCCACGUGAAGAUAUAUUCCACACAGUCCUAGCGCUAACAUUUUGCUUAGCCUAUAUACGAGCACUUAUCAGUGUUGCAUUCAAUCGACCAACUAAAUCUACAUGUUUCAGUUUAUCUGAGCAAAUCAAUGCUACUCGACAUUUGUUGGGUAAAAUUUCCGGUGUUUUAUCAAAACAUUUGGAUAUUCUACUUACAUGUCUAAGUGAAUUAAACAUCCAAUCGUCUUGCGUACCAGUGGAUACUUGUCAAUCAUCAGAAAGAUUAAAACGUGUUCUAGAUUUUUUACAUUCAACAUCAAAAUUACCAGAUGAAAAUUUUCUCAAUCAAAUACCUUCAACGUCAUCAACAUCACCAUGUGAAUCAAUAACUCUAUCAUCUAAAAGUCUUCCUAUAGAAUAUGAUGAAAAUCAAAUCGAAUUGCAUAUAAUUCUACGCCUACUACCAUUUCUACGUAUUGCCAGCCUUUGUUGGGCACGUUGGCAUCCAGAUCAUGUUGGUACUCUGAAACCAUUAGGAUUACCAUUUGUUGGACAGUUAGCGAAAUUAUCGAAUAAAAGUGUUGACGGUGUGUCAGUAGAAAUGGCGUGCAUUACAAAUGAACAACGAUUGGUUGAAUUCAGUGACCUCUGUCGUAUCCUGUCUCUGGAUUGUGGAGAUAGUGUGGUAAUAAAUGUUGGACAGGUGGCCGAAUUAGCUGGUACUUUAUGUGGAUUAUGUGCAAGCGACAAAGGAAAUGCUAUACAGUAUCUUAUUACUCGAUGGAUAGGUCAAAUAAAAAAAGCAUCUGAAAUCUCUUCAUCUAAUUCAACAAAACCAUUAACGUCAUCAUCAUCUCAAUCACCAUUAUCAUCACCAUCAUCAAUACCAUCUGCUCUUGACAUACCUUCACGCAAUGGAAAGCGAAUUAAUAAUAUAUCUACUGUCAAUUAUUACAUGGAUAUUCCACUUCUCGAUAGACUUAAAUCACAUUUUAAAACACAUAUAGUCGAUUAUCUACUGUCAUUGGUUGAAGUUGGUCGUCAAUUGUAUUCUCCACGUCUUAUUCGUACACCAGCAUCGUUUGAUACACUUUUCAAUGCAUUACACUUAGUCAAUUGUACAUCAAGUCAACAUCGUUUUCAAGAGAAUAUUCUAUGUUUGAUUUGUGGACGUUUAUUAUGCAGUCUAUGCAGUAAUUUAGCUACUGCUGUUGUUGAACACACUGUUGUAUGUGGUGGUUUCUCUGGUGUAGUACUUGAAGUAAACACAUCCAUUGUCUAUGUCUCGCUUGGACCUAAUAUCUGUGAUUGGGGUUCAGUGUAUUUAGAUGAAUAUGGUGAAGAAGAUUUAGAAUUAAAACGUGGUAAACCGCUGUUUUUAAAUGCUGAACGAUUUUCACUCCUGGAAAACCAGUGGAUAACUCAUUCAUUUCGUCAUGUGUUAAAAAAUUGGCGUGCUGUCUAA